CGCCUGCGGGUCUUGGACCGGUUUCCGCACUACGAUUCCCGGCGUGCCUCGCGGCCUGGAGUAGGAGGGCCCGGAUCCGGAACCGGAUGUGGCCUACUGCUCGGUUGGCUGUGCCCAGGGGAAAUGGCCACGGGGACAGACCAGGUGGUGGGACUCGGCCUCCUGGCCGUUAGCCUGAUCAUCUUCACCUACUACACCGUCUGGGUGAUUCUCUUGCCGUUCAUCGACAGCGAGCAUAUCAUCCACAAAUACUUCCUGCCCCGAGCCUACGCCGUCGCCAUCCCACUGGCUGUGGGCCUGCUGCUGCUGCUGUUUGUGGGCUUAUUCAUCACCUACGUGAUGCUGAAGAACCGACAGGUGACUAAGAAGGCUCAGUGAAGGCCCAGCAGGGAUGGGGCUGUGGCCCCUCUCCAUCCUCGCCAGGGACUAAAAUUCAGAGCCUGAAGACAGUCCGGGCCAGUGGCCCCUGCAUCCCUCAGGAGAUGAAACUGCUUGGGACUCAUGCCUGAUGGACCUGCGCCUCUUCCUUCUCCAGCCAGCGGGGGAGGACCUGGUGGGCUCCUUGUUCCUCUUCUCCGGGGACCACUCUCUUGGCUCAGUUUUCCUCCUGUCAUGUGCUGAUAUUGGUUGUAGCUGGCCCCAAUGGCAUAUGACCUUGCCCUCCACAGUGGCAGCUUUUCUGAGUGUGACACAACUCAGACCUCUGGACCUGGAAAGCCUGGGGCAGGACUGACUGACCCCAGGCCCACUAGGGUGCAGUUGUGUACCCACACUGGGUGCCCAGCCAAACACUCUCCUGGGAGGCCCAACUCCUGGGCCCAGGGCUAACUUACUGUUUGGGAGACAUUAACAAUAAAUAUUAUUGAGUGUU